AUGGCUUGGAGCGAGCUCCGGCUCGCCGCGCAGCGACCUCCUUGGCUCAUCAAGCUUGCGGCCCAGUUUGGCUGGGGCGCGGCGUGUUCUGACCCGCCGCCAACAGACGCACGAGGCAGCGCGACCCAGGGCGGCGCCGCCAUGCUGCGGCGCCGCUCCGUGGGCAAGAUCACGGUAUACAGGAGCAGCAGCUUCGGCCACCGAGCCUAUCAAUCCCACAAGUUGUCCUUCAUCACAGACGCCGGAAUCGAUGCCAUCAUGGAGUCGUGCGACCAAGUGAUUCCGAAGCCGAUGGCCACCGAGCCCCUCGUGAACCGAUGGAGGGCUUGGCACGCCUGGGCAGAGCACGCCCUCAAGGCAGCCACCGCGAAGCAGUGGGCGACAUGCUCGAGGACACCCGAGAGAGAAAAGGGCAGCAUGCCCACCAGCCGGCCCACGGCAGCCCCGCCGCCGCACCGGCUGGAGGAGACGGUCGCGCUCCGGCGCGCCCGCCGCCUGCGCCGCAGCUUCACUGAGCAGAUUUGCCACCGCUUCAUGGGCAACGUGCUGCUCAACGACAAGCACCUCUCCAAGUUCGCCCAAGCUUGCAUGGAUGGCGUCGUGGCGGCCCCGCCCGGGGGCGCCCCUACGUACCACCCUGCGCUGGACAGCCUCUCUGCGGCCAUCGCCGCCGAGCAGCAGAAGAUAUCAAACUCCAAUGUGCGAUCGUGGGCCACCGUGUUCGCCAAGUGGAGCUCCGACGUCUACAACUACGCCACGCCGCGCUUCCAGGCGCCUGCUCCCGCCGCCGGCUUCGACGCGGCGGCCAUGCGGGGCGGGCGGAAGCAACGCUGGGGCCCUCCCAACUACGACCCUGAGCCCCUGACAGCACGCUGGUUGGAGUGGGCGGAGGGCGCGGAGUUCCCGCAGAGCGCCUUCGAGGAGCAGUGGCUCCCGUCAGAGGAGGAGUUAAUCCACUCCCUGAAGGAAGCCAAGGGCGCCGCCGGUUUCGACGGAUGGACCUCCAAGGAGGUGAAGCUUCUGCUACAGCUCGCGCCGCCGAUCAUCACCGAGCUGUACUGCCUGUGGUGCCACGCGUCCAUCUACGCCGUGCAGCACGCCGGCCGCGCGCCGCGCGACCUGGCCUUGCUGGUGUUCCCAUGGCGCGCGGUCGGCAUCCCUAAGAAAGACGAAAAUGAGUCGCGCCCCAUCGGCGUGGCCAGCGCGCUGCUCUGGAGCUGGCUCAGUGCCCUCGCGCUCGCCCUGCCGGAGGUGGCAGCCAACCAGCGGGCGUGCCGUCGCCGCGCGUCCGUGGUCCACGCCGUCAGCCACUGGCUCUCAGAGGCCUGCGCCGCGGGGCUCGAGAUGGAUCUCGCAAAAGCGUGCGAUAAUCUCGCGCACCGCAUCGCUGAAGAGGCGUUCAGAAAAGAGGCAGUCCCCGAGACUGUCAUCAUGACGUGCCGGCUGGCUUGGGCUGGCCCUCGCGUCUGCUGCGUCUCGGGCGAGCUCUCAGAGGCCAUCUGGCCUACCAAGGCCCUGCCGCAGGGCGACAGCUGCGCCCCGGGUGCCAUGGCGGCGGCCCUCGCCCCGCGGCGCCCAGAGCCCGCCCUGGGCCGGGCGUUCAUGGACGACAGAAGCUUGGGCGCGAAGGGCGAGCGCGCCGCCGAGGACCUGCGGGCCGGUCUAGAGGCCACGCAAGCCUUCGACAACGACGUCGGCUUCGUGCAGAACGCCUGCAAACGCCAUGAGCGGGGCGCUCAGGGCAAGCAGAGGGCGGAGCACCUGGGCCUCACGGCGGCGCCGGCAGACCCGUCCCAGCCCGCCCCCCCCAAAGGGGACUGGAACAAGUUGCUCGCUGCCCUCGCGGUCCUCGCCUCGCCCCCGGGGGCCAUGGACGUGCGCGAGCGGCCAAGCGUGGUGUUCGUGGACCGCAGUGAUUCCUAUCAGAUUCUUCAAAUUACUGCCGACAUUCGCCGCUACGACUGGUCUUUUUGGACGUCUUCACCCUCGGCAGCGCACGUCCUGCGUGCAGUGGCACGCGUACGUUGUCUUGAAAGCGUACACAGUACGAAGCUUGACGCCGCUGGAGUGGCCCGCGUCGACGUGGACGCCUCCAGCACCGCAGUCUGGGCCAAGUGGCACAGAUCGCUGUCGCACCGCGACAAGGAAUUCCUCGACAUCUUCCGGUUGGGGGCCACCAAGACGCCGACGCGGGGGGGCGAGGCAGCGCCGUGCCCAUGGUGCCGCCAGCCGCUCGCCAGCCUCCAGCACAUGUUCCAGGGCUGCCCGCGCCUCGACACGGAGCGCGCAGCGAUCGCCAGAGAUCUACGCCUUCCUCCCUCAUUCUGGCGCACCCAGCCCCGGGUGACGUCCAAAUCCGGAUGGAUCACCUACGACGCGGGGAGGACCCCGGAACGACGCGGAACCAUGCAGGUGGCAGCGUGCCGGCUUGGGCUGGCCAUCGUCGCCGCUACGUUCGACCUCAACGGCGGCUCCUUGUUCGACUAG